GACUAUUUCCGGGUCAUGUUCUUUCAGCUGCCACACAUCAUGGCGGCCUCCUUUAACCUCAGCUCCGCGGUGCUCCGCAGGGCGCUGCACGGAGCUCUGAGCCUACAUUGCCGGGCACAAGGAGCUCCUGCCGGGCUCAGGUUCCUCUGUAGUGCUGCUCCAGAAGAAAAGAAGACACGAAUAAUAGAGUCUACGGAGGAAUACGUCUUCGUGGAGCGGCUCAUCCCGCUGUCACGGGUCCCUGCUCCACCUAAACACGCCGGUCCCACUCCGUCUGGAUGGAUCCCUGCAGCGGACUCACCGCCGCCUCUGCCCUACAUGAUCCGCCGCUCCCGAAUGCACAACAUCCCGGUGUACACCGACCUGACCAGCAGCAACCGCAGGACCACGCUCGUACGGAAAGUGGAGGGGGACAUUUGGGCUCUGGAAAAGGACGUGAAGCAGUAUCUGAAGGAGGUGACGGGGACCGAGCUGCCCACCCAGGUCAAUGAGGUCACCAACACCCUGACGGUCAAAGGUCACUUCGAUAAGGAGCUGAAGGAAUGGUUGGCCGGUAAAGGCUUCUGAGCUCGGGCUGGAGAGGCUGCUGCAGGACCGCCACAGACCAAGCUCAGGUGGAGACACAGAGAGGACACUGAGUAUCUGCUGCCUACACUGAUACUCACUGUAGUGUAGUACCAUGAGGAAGAGGUUUGAUCCUUGCCACUUCAGUGAACUCUUCCCCACCAGAGACAUGUUGAAGCUGUUGGAUCAUAUUGUGUUUAAUGGUGUAUAUACUUGAGUGUAAUGAAUGUAACAUUAAAUGUCAAAGCGAUGCCCAA